AUGUGUCCACGCGCGGCGGCGGCGCCGCCGCCGCUGUCCCCCGCCGCCCUCGCCGCCCCACGUACUAACAUCGAACCACCGCGCAGAGUCCGUGAAGACGAGAUCGGAUCCGCCAUCGAAGAGCGGCGCGCCAAGCUGCCGCAGUUCCAGGACCUGGGCCCGCCGGACCUCGUGUCCAUCGUCAAGUACACGCCGUCCGGGAGCGCCAACGCGCACAACAACAAGCGCAGCUCGAUGCAGCUCGAGCCCAGCACGUCGUCGCCCGCAGCCGGCAGCGCCGUCGCCGCCGCCGGCGACCUGCACGUCAACGACAAGCACAAAGGUGAGGUCGGCACGUUUCUCUACUGCGUCGGCGCAGACACGUCGGACCCCACGUCCAUCGCGGUGUUCCUCAAGGGCAUGGCCGACGCGAUCGCAGAGAAGCCGCAGGUGUGGUUCGGGCGGCACAAGCCGUACCGUGUCGCGCGCAUUACGUUCGCCACGUGGAACGCGUUCCGGCAGUGCGACGUCGAGGUCGUCGUGCACAUCCCGGGCGCCGUGCAGUCCUACUUCCUCGACACGCGCGGCGAGGUGCUCGCCGUGGCGCCCGACGAGCGUGAGCUCGUGUGGGCCGAGACCUUCGCCAGCGGCGUCGUGCGCGCGAUCGCCAUGAUGGCCGACAACCGCGAGGACGGCGAGGUCAACAACGUCGUCGAGACGCGCAUCCUCAACCCGCUGCUGUCGGGCGAGAUCGGCGACGUCGCGGACCACUUCAUCGACGUGUUCCCGCUGCUGUACGCACGCGGCGUGGCGCUCGGCGCGCCCUGCGACGUGGCCUGCGCCUCGCGCACCAACAACUACCUGUGCGAGACCCUGCUCCACGUUACGCGGCUCACGCGCAACUUCCGCCGCUGCCGCGCGAUGCUCGAGGGCAUGCUGGGCGACCACCCGGAGGCCGUCGUGCUGCUCGCGCGCGUGCUGUUCGCCGCGGACCUCGAGGUCGACGCCGUGCGCCUGAUCCACGACGACCUCGCCGCCCACGGCGGCGUCGUCACCGCACACCGCUCCGAGCUGCUGUGCGUGCAGGCCGCGUUUCUACUGGACGCCAAGCGUGACUACGCGGCCGCGCAGCGGCUCGCGCAGGCCGCGGUCGACUGCGCGCCCAGCGAGUUCCGGCCCUGGCACCUGCUGGUGCAGAGCUACGUGGGUCUCAACGACAUCGAGAACGCGCUGCUCGCGCUCAACGGCUGCCCGGUCGCUCCGCACCGCGACCGCUACAUCUUUAAGCGCGUCAUCAGCGUCGCCCAGGACUCCGCCAACCUACACCUGCCCCUACCCAUGGACGUGGUGCUCGACGAGGUCACGGGCCUUAACUCCCGCGACAUCAUCAACGAGCACAAGUCCGUCAGCCCCGCGCUGCUCAACCUGCCGGCCGCCACGCUCAAGGCCAACGCGCGCACCCGCUACCACCUCCUGACCGAGAUCGCGCGCAAGACCGGCUGGGAGUCCCUGCUGCGCUACCGCUCCAAGCUCUUCGUCAUGGAGGAGGAGUACCAAGUCGCCGCCACCCCGCCCGCCGAGGAGGGCGACCCGCUCAAGCCCGACGGCAUCCGCACCAAGCGCCUGUGCGAGCGCUGGCUCGACAACCUCUUCAUGGUGCUCUACGAGGACCUCAAGGCCUACACUCUGUGGCAGGCCGAGCAGCUCCACUUCGAGGCCCAGAACACCCACUACUCCAAGACCACCACCGAGUGGGAGCUGCUGGGCCUCUGCGCCCUGCGCCUGGGCCACCGCGAAGAGGCCGCCGCCGCCUUCGAGGCGGGCCUCCAGCACCGCUUCUCCGCCGAGUCCUGUCGCAAACUGCUCCAAAUAUACCUCCACGAGCGCAGCCGCCUGAAAAAAGACUCCGACCUCUCCUCCUCCCAGGUCACCGCCGCAGUGCUCGACUACGACAACAAGAUCAUCGACCUCUGCGUCAAGAUCUGCUGCUGGAACCACCGCUGGUACAGCGAGUUCUCCAUCCUCCUGCUCGACUCCCUCAGCGUGGUCGUCGACGAUAUGGGAAUCACAAAACUCUCGAACGAAAUCUCCUCCCGUUUCCCGGAAACCGUCGUCCAGCUCGCGAACGACAACCUGCUAGCAUUCUACGCGGACUACACGGAUGGAGGCUACGACAAGUGA